GGUGGUGGUGGUGGUGGUGGAGGCGGCGGCGCACACUUUCACUCGUGGCCUCUCCCUGCGAAGGCUUGCUGGUAAUUUCGUAGGAUUAAAACUUGUGGAUAAAAGUCAGAUGGGUCACCCGCCCCCACAAACACGCACAGACACACACACAGACACACACACAGACACACACACAAAUGCACACACAGACACACGCACGGACGCACGCACGCCCAGGCCGUGGGGCGGGCCAGCAGCACGCCGCCACAGUUGGCCGUCAGCCGCCGUGCAGCGCGGCCGUGCGUGCAGGUGUUCCGUGGCGCGCCUCCCACGUGGUGACCGGCGCCGUGUGCUCCCCGGGGGGAUGUGAGGGGCGAGGCGGCCCGGUGCUGCCCGCCAGGUGAGGCUGCCGCCGCCUGCAGGGGGCGCGAUGGCCCCCUGAGGGGCGAGCAGUGGUGCGCCAUGCCCGAGGGCCGCGCCGCGCCGCACCCCAGCAAGCGGCUGCUGCGCUCCCAGUCCCUGCCGGCCUACAGCGGCGUGCGGGGCCCCCAGUGCGCCGCGCCGCCCCAGGAGGCACCCUUCCAUGGUCAGGGGGACAGCGGGCCCCCUGAGAGCAGUGACGAGGCCCCGCGGCGGCGGCGAGACACGCGCGCCACCAUCAUGCAACACUACUACCCCGAGGGCGGCUGGGGCUGGGUGGUGGUGGCUGUGGCCGCCGCCGUGCACCUGCUGGCCCACGGCCUGCACACGGCUUACGGCGCCCUGCUGGGCCUCACCCUCGCUAACUUCUCCACGCAGCAGCCCGUCCUCGUAGGUGAGUGCCUCCUUGGGCUCCCGGCAGUGUCGGGGUGGGGCGGGGCGGGGCACGGAGGUCUGUGGCCUCAUCACCUGCUGUCUGUCCGCCGUCACUUCUCAGCCCCUGGGCGACUUUUCCUUGUGGCGGGGCGGGGCACAGAGGGCAGCAGGGGCGUGCUGUGA